AUGUUUGAUUCACUGAAAGAUCAUGGGUUUGUUAGUGUUAGCGAAAAAGCCGACCGUGAAACAUUGAAUACCAUUGAAGAUGUGUAUUAUAACGAAGAUAAUUUUGAUCCGAAAGAAUAUGAACUUCAAAAAUUACUGUCGACAAUGAAAGACAAUCCAUUUCUUGAUCUUGCCGAUGUCUUAAAUCGACGUGAUCGUUUGAAAGCUCAAUUGCUCGCUGUAUCGAAGCGUGUAUCGAAAUUAGUUCUUGAAAAUAGUUCAGCGUAUACCACUGAACUACAGCGUGUAACUGUCUUAACAAGUGCAUUGCAAGAUUCGAUUGAAACAUGUUACCAUGCUCGAAGGAAUCUUCGUCGAGCGCAAUAUCAGAUUACAACACGGAAUUUAACAUUAAUUCGAAAUGAAAUGCGCAAACAACAAUGGAUUCAUGUUCUGCACAAUAUCGAAAAAUUAAAAAAACUACAUAGUAUCGAUCAACGAUUGAAAGAAAUGGUUAAACAUGAAAAUUUUGUUGGCGCCAUUCAAUUGUACUCCCAAUGCGGAAAUAUUGUCCACCAUUACAAAGAAUAUCAGUGUAUCAGAGAUCUUUCGUCGAAACUGCAAGAUACAUUGGAUUUCAUUGAAGAGUCUAUCGAUGUUACUUUAGCUAAACUUUGCUCCCAUUUUAAUCCACACACUUAUCAAAGUUUAUUGAAUGCAUAUCGAUUAUUAGGAAAAUCAUCAGGAUCCAUGGAACAACUGCAAAUGCAUUUUCUCAAUGUUGUCCAAACACGUACAUUAGAGAUUUUAGUUAAAACAGUAGGAACGGGCAGAAACGAACAAAAUAUUUCAUCCUAUGCGGAUCUGUGCAAGGUGGUUCCACAAGAGUUAUUUUCAAGUUGUUUACACGAUCUGAAUGUGUGCUUUUGGCAAAUAAUUAAAGCGUAUAAACUAGUUUGGCUCUGGCAUGAGAAAAAUCCUCCAUCCAUCGAAAAUAAUGAAACAAAUAGUGAUACGUCUGAACCAAGCCAAGACUUUCUUCUUCAAAAACUUGAAAGUGGUUCUGGUCGUUUAUGGCACGAGAUUCAACAGAAAAUGAAAACAUAUCUUCUCGAAAGCAAUAUGACACAUUUUGAAUUCGAAGCGUUUUUGCAAGUGUUGAAAAUGACGAAUCGAUUGAUGGAAAUCGGCGAACAAUUUUGUCAAAGCGAUUCGAAUAUCCUUCAGGAAGCCGUACGUCGACAGAGUGUUGUCUAUUUUCGCUCAUAUCAUAAUAGACGCUUGGAUGAAUUGAAAAUGUUUUUGGAAAAUGAAAUGUGGCAACAAUGUCCAGUGAAAUCAACAUUUCACAUUACUCAAUUUCAGGAAUUUCGAUUUCUUCGUGAAACGUCGUCGGUGGCAUCGGAGUUAACGACGUCCACAUCAUUCAAUCGGAAGGCAGAUUUAGAUUUAUUUGAUCGAUACUUAUACACAGAUCGUGAACAUCCAUUUGAUCUUGAUCAAACUCGAACAACAUUAUCAUCUUCACCAUCGGAAUACAGUGCAAAUUCUGCUGAUGAUGACAAUGAACGAGAUAUGACCAAUGGGAAUUCCUAUAAUGAGGGAAGAAUUCGCACGCAUUCGAAUUCAUCAUCGGGUUCUAAUAGUGACCAUGAACAUGGAGGACGUUUAACACAUCGAGCACGAUCGCAAUACCACGACGAAAAGAAUGGAUCAACAAUUGUAACGAAUACAACUCUCAAUGUGACUAGAUUAUUCGGUCGAUACAUGGAAAUGAUUGAAAUGUUGAAACCAAUUGCCUUCGAUGUCGUCCUUUGUAUGACACAACUGUUUGAUUAUUAUCUGUAUACAGUUUAUUCAUUAUUUGCUUGUGAUAUGAACGAAGUUCCAAUCGAUGCAUUGAGCAGUGGAUUACAAUUUACCAUAAAGCGAAUUAGUGAUAAUUUAAUUGCACACAAUGAUUCUGAAGCUGCAUCGAAUGAAAAGAUUCUCGCCGCUCACCUAUCUCCGUUAGUCGAUAUUAACCAUUCAUCAAGUAUACUUUAUGGUUUUCCACAACGCGUUGUCGCUGCUGAAUCAUUGGUAUUCCUUGCUGAACAGUUCGAUUUUCUUCUUCCAUAUUUGAAACUAAUGAUCCCACCUGAACGUCACACAUUUCUCACCCAAUUCUAUUCUCAAACUGUUCAAGUCACACACGAAUUACGUAUUCCGAUUUAUCAUAACGUUUCCGCGAAUAUUCUCGACUACAUGUCCAUUGCAUUGAUGAUCAGUAAAGUCAAUUGGAAUAUCAAAGAUAUUCUAACUCAGCAUAACGUUUAUGUUGAUGAACUGGCCAGUCAAUUACAAACAUUUCGAAAUCGUCUCGAUCAUAUCAAUGAUCACGUUUUACCGAUACCGAAAGCUGUUUACCGAACAUUGUGGGAUCAGAUUUUAGAGAAAGUUUUUUAUACUAUGGUCGAAGGUUAUGCGAAUGUAAAACAAUGUAGUAACGAAGGUCGAGCGUUGAUGCAAUUAGAUUUUCAACAAUUACUUCGACGAUUGGAACGCAUCAUUGAAGAUAUAAAACCGCUGCCACAUAAAGAAUUUGUUGAAAACUAUAUCAAAGCGUAUUAUUUACCUGAACAUUUAAUAGAUCAAUGGAUUAUUGAGAAUACGAUGUAUACGGCAAAGCAACGAAUGGCAUUAGUCUCAAUGAUGUCUCAUUUAAGUCGAAGGAAACGUGCACAAUUAGGUCAAUAUCUUGAUGAGCAAGAUCGGGCUCGUAUUUCCGUGUCGACAUCUUAA